UUUUGAAGGUUUUUGUCUUAAAGUUUCCAUUUUCUACUUAAUGAGUAACCACAAUCUUUACUUAAAUAGCAUUUUUCUUGUUUUUUGAUGUUAUUCUUUCGUAGAAAAAAAAUGAAUUCUGAAAGCUCAGCCCUUACCAUGAGUAGCCCUGCUGUAAUAAACCAGUGUGCCAGAGGAGGAAUGGAACAAGAAAAAAUUUGGCCGAAACAGCAGCAGCAGAAUAAUUUUUCCUUGUUUCCUUCCACCAAGGGCUGGAAUUUCAGAGGGAAAAAACGGAAAAAGAGUACUCAAGAUGAAGAUACAAUCAGUAUCUGCAGCCUGGAUACAAGUGAGCCCAGUAACAAACGGGUCAAGCCUCUUUCCAGAGUCACAUCCCUGGCCAGCCUCAUCCCUCCUGUGCGAGCCACUCCUCUGAAGCGCUUCAGCCAAACUCUGCAGCGCUCCAUCAGUUUCCGCAGCGAGAGUCGCCCCGACCUGUUCAGCCCACGGCCAUGGUCUCGAAAUGUGCCCCCUGCUAACACAAAGAGGAGAGACAGCAAACUGUGGAGUGAGACCUUUGAUGUCUGUGUCAAUCACAUGCUUACAUCCAAGGAAAUCAAGCGGCAAGAGGCUAUCUUUGAACUUUCCCAGGGAGAAGAAGACUUGAUAGAAGAUCUGAAGUUGGCAAAAAAGGCUUAUCAUGACCCAAUGCUUAAGCUUUCCAUAAUGACAGAGCAAGAGUUGAAUCAAAUUUUUGGAACACUGGACUCUCUAAUUCCUCUGCAUGAAGAUCUUCUUAGGCGACUUCAAGAAGUGAGGAAACCUGAUGGAUCAACAGAUCAUGUUGGCCACAUCCUCGUGGGUUGGCUUCCAUGCCUGAACUCCUAUGACAGCUACUGCAGCAACCAAGUAGCAGCCAAAGCUUUAUUGGAUCACAAGAAACAAGAUCACAGAGUGCAAGAUUUCCUGCAGCGCUGCUUGGAGUCUCCUUUCAGCCGCAAGCUGGACCUUUGGAAUUUCCUUGACAUCCCCAGAAGCCGUUUGGUUAAAUACCCACUGCUGCUCAGAGAAAUUUUAAGACACACACCAAAUGAUCAUCCAGAUCAACAGCAUCUGGAAGAAGCUAUAAAUAUAAUUCAGGGAAUUGUGGCUGAAAUCAACAUAAAGACUGGGGAAUCUGAAUGCCAGUAUUACAAAGAGAGACUUAUUUAUCUUGAAGAAGGGCAAAGGGAUUCACUGAUUGAUAAUUCACGUGCUGUGUGUUGUCAUGGGGAACUGAAGAACAACAGGGGAGUGAAACUGCAUGUCUUCCUCUUUGAAGAGGUGCUGGUGAUCACUCGGGCCGUGACGCUCAAUGACCAGCUGUGCUACCAGCUGUACCGGCAGCCAAUUCCCGUCAGGGAGCUGCUGCUGGAGGACCUGCAGGAUGGAGAGGUGCGCCUGGGUGGAUCCAUACGUGGAGCAUUCAGCAACAAUGAGAGAAUCAAAAACUUCUUUAGAGUCAGCUUCAAAAACGGAUCCCAAAGCCAGACUCACACUCUCCAAGCCAACGACUCCUUCAACAAGCAGCAGUGGCUGAACUGUAUCCGGCAGGCCAAGGAGAAGGCUGCGUGUGCAGGCAAGGCUGGUGGGCUGGCAGCACGUUUCCUUGUGCCUCCCCACGGACGCAGAGUGGCCCGGGGAGAGGCUGCCCUGGAGCAGAUGGAGCAGUCAGACUGUGAGUCAGACUGCAGCAUGGACACCAGCGAGCUCGGCGCCGACUGCGAGCGCAUGGAGCAGACGAACUCUUGGGAGAGCGAAAAGCAAAUAGAAACCAACGUUUGA